AUAUCAGUCGAUGACCGAAAUCUAUACAUACAUGUAUGUAUGUAUGUAUAUAUUGAAAUCUAUAUAUAUGUAAACAGAUUUAGUUACUGUCCACCACACGGAAAUAACUUUGCUGGCUGCUUCUUUCAUCAAUUGCAGGGCAACAUGAUUCAAUGGUGUUUGUGCUUACUGAUGCUGCUACUGGCAAAUAACAUUCCACAUUCAGAAGCUACUAGCAGAAGUGAAAAUAAGAUCAAAUCUGCAGUUUUUCUAUCACCUAAAUUGACUUUCGGACCGGGAGUAGUCGUGAACAAACUUUUAUACAACGUUGAUUUUCCCAAAGGUCAUAUUGCUAUCAAGAGUUUCAAUGGUGAACUCGUCGAUGAGGCCGGAAAUUCAGUUCCCCUUCACGAAACCUAUCUGCAUCACUGGGUUCUCGAAAGAUACUAUCAGCUCAAAGACUCGGCUAAUUCCAGCAACGUUACUAGAAUUCAAGUGAAAAAUAGUGGCCUAUGCGAGGGUAGUUUUCUGAGGCAAUAUUUUGGCCUCGGAUCCGAAACGCGAAAAACAGAAACACACAUUCCAGAUCCUUAUGGAAUAGAAGCUGGUAAUCCAGCUGAAAUUCCUUAUGGAUAUGAGGAGAUAUGGAUGCUUAAUGUCCACGGAAUCGAUACGCGAGGCGUGGAAAAUACAUUGGGAUGCACUGAAUGCUGGUGUGAUCUAUAUAAUGUCACAGAGAAUAUUAAUGGUCAGCCAUUGAGUCCAAACUACAAAGGAGGUUUAUUAUGUUGCAACGAUGGAAAGCAGUGCAGAUUAAGGAAAAAUUAUAAGGGUGCCAUUAGGAAUCUCUAUCUGAGAUAUACAGUCAAAUGGGUUGAUUGGGAUAGCAAAAACAUUAUUCCACUCAACAUUUAUAUCUUUGACAUCACAGAUACUGAGAGAGUGAAUAAUACCUCAGGCAUAAUCAGUAUCCAACAUAAUUGCCAGAUUGAGUAUGAUGUUCAGACUUGCAAUGCUACUGGUGUAGCUAGGAAGAAAAGGUGCAUUGAUGCCAAAACGACGAGCCUCACCAUUCCAACCGGUGGGUAUCUCAUCUAUGGCGUUGGCCACCAACAUGCAGGUGGUGCUGGUACAACUCUAUAUGGAAAGCAUGGACGCGUUUUAUGUUCUUCAUUACCGACUUAUGGGAAAGGGAAAGAAGCAGGGAAUGAAGCUGGUUAUAUUGUUGGAAUGUCAACCUGCUAUCCUAAACCAGGCUCUGUCAAGAUCGCCGACGGGGAGAAACUUGUUGUGGAGUCGAAUUAUAACAGUACCCAGGAGCACAUUGGAGUGAUGGGACUCUUCUAUAUUUUGGUUGCAGACCGUAUUGCCUAACCAGAGUCCUUAAGCAGUGGUUGUUGUUGCUACUGGAGCAUGAGGUUGUUUUUUUGUUUGGUGAUAUAUGAAGUUAGAAAUGUAAUGUUGUAAUAAGUCUAGAAAACCAUUUGUUUUUCUUUGUCCUCUUGAGACAAAUGACAGUGUUAAGAUUAUGAUACUAUAAACAUAUUAUGUUCGGUA